UGCAUCUCUGAGUAGGUGUGUGCAAAGGUGUGGCUAUAGCCAAAAGGCUGUGCAAUGUACAGCCGUAAGGACACCACACAGAUGGAUGCAUGACUGCGUGUGUUCAUGAUGUGCACACACAGUGGGCUAACUACGUAGGCUCACACACAGGUGUAUGAGCACUUUAAGUUACAUUCUAAUAGGUGCAGGGAUCCUCUAUUCACCUAUAUACUUAUACUUAAGGACUGAAGGAUGUGCAUAUUCAUAGCUAAAUGGAUGUGGCACAUAUUUAAUCUAAGUAUGUAGCUAAACCAUGUGCUAUGAAUGCAGUUUCUGUCCCAACAGCCGUGUUUACUGUGACAAAUCGCAGCCCUGCUCACCCCAUCCCUGCCUGCCACCGCCGGAUGCCGUCGGUCAAUGAUUAACGCUGGGUCGGGGCCGCCCAAGGCCUGGAGGGAUGGAAGAGGCCGGCAGGAUGGAGGCUGAGCGACAGGUGGUGGCUGUCAGCAAUGUGGCCUUUGAGGAGGACCCGCCGCCCUACUCACCGCCCGACCCCAAGAGCGCGGAGCUGCUGUUUCCGGGGGUUUUCUACCCCCAGCCCCAUCCCCACCCGCCGCCCUUCAUACAGCAGCCGCUGCCCUGCACCGCCUCCGUGGGGCCUCCUGGCACGGGGCCUCCAACCGCCGCCCAGCAGCCGCCCAAGGACUACCUGGUGGAGUCGGUGCUGGUGACGUUGUUCUGCUGCCUGCUGACCGGACUCGCCGCCCUCCUGUAUUCACACGAGACCCGUGCUGCGCUCGGCCGCGGGGACUUGGCCCAGGCCCAGGCGGCGUCCAAGAAGGCGCAGUCGCUGGUGCUGUUCAGCCUCAUCCUGGGGCUGUUCGUCUCCUUCAGUUGGGUCGUCUAUGUCCUGGUGGCUCUGUACUGGUGAUGGGGCCGCGGGGACACAGAGCGCAGAGCUGAGUGCCGUCAGUGAGGAGCAGCGAUGGCGGCACCGAGUCCAGCAGCCGUGUGCAGCGUCGGCCCCUGCACCAGGGUGCUCAGUGACUGUUGGGACCGACACGGGGAGCUGCACAAUGCUGAGGGCAGCAGCACAGCUCCGGGACACAGGGGGAUGCGUGGCACUGUGCAGGGCUGGGGCUUGGAAUGGAGCAAACGGCCCCACAGCUCCUCAUAGGCUGCUCUGGGUGUGCAAGCACACAGGAAGUCCCCCUGGCAAUUAGGAUUGUGCAAAGAUUCCCCACAUAUUUGAGCUUCUACAGCAAUGCUGCAUGCACAGCUGUGCUGCAUCGCCUCCUCCUCACUGCUUCCAGUUCUAAAUAAAAUACAGCCAAAGCCUUUGUGUUCUGUGCGCACCACAGCCCCUUCCCACCCAUGGCUUUCAUCCACCGCAAACGUUAGGGCAAAUUCUCCUCCAGUCGGUCAACCUGGGACUUCCUCCAAGGCCCCCACACUCACAGCCGGCGUCGCGUGCUGCUCAGCGUCUGAGCAUCCUCCUCUGCCCAUUAUUUCCAGAGGAAUUUUGAACCUCAUCCAGGACUGAAAUAGCACCAGCAGCCGCUCGGGGGUUAUUUAUGGCCAAGCCGCGGGCUGGGCUGCAGCAAAGGGUUCAGAGCCCUCCGUUCCCAUCAGUGCCCAGAGGAGGACAGGAAGAGA